AUGGUCAUUCUCGAUAGGUUGGCUACUAAAGAUAGGUUUGUCCGUUUUGGUUUGGCUAUUGAUAAUGUUUGUUGUUUGUGUGGCUCUGCCAUUGAAUCUCGAGAUCACCUUUUUGUUAAAUGCUAUUUUGCAAAGGAAGUGUGGGGUAUUGUUCUAACUUCUUGUGAUGUUCGUUGUGACCUGAACAGCUGGGAUGAUGUCUUUAAUUGGUUGAUUGCAAAUUUGAAGGGAAAAUCCUUUAGAGUUCGUAUCCUAAAGCUUGCUUGGACUGGUCUGCUGUAUUCUGUCUGGGAAGAGCGUAAUCAUAGGCUCUUUAGAGGCUCGUCUCGAUCGGCUGAUGUAAUUGUAAAUAGUAUAAAAGUGGUUGUUAGAGUCAAGUUGUGUAGAUUUGGUUGUCCUAGGCUUGAUGAUGUUAAUAGGUAUUUAUAUUUGAAUUGGGGUCUGUCUUGA